AUGAAAUUUCUUUUGUCUAUUCUUCUCAUCAUAGUGAGCUAUGUUCUUCCUAUCGCAGCUCAACUAUCAGGGCGGGUGGGACCGACUACGUCUACAGCUUCCAAGGCCGCCAAAGUCUGCAAUAUCAUGAGCUAUGGCGGCGUCUCAAGUGCAACAACCGACAAUAGCGCCGCAAUCACCUCUGCGUGGAAUGCCUGCAAGAACGGCGGUCAAGUUUAUAUACCUGCUGGUAAUUAUGGCCUGAGCUCCUGGGUCACACUGAGUGGAGGUAAAGGUGUCAGUAUCAACCUAGAAGGUACCAUAUACAGAAUCGGCACUGCCUCGGGCAACAUGAUUGCAGUGACUAGUACCAGCGACUUUGAAUUCUAUAGUGCAAACUCCAAGGGCGCUAUCCAAGGUUAUGGCUAUCAACUCAAUUCAGGGGGCGCAAGUGGCCCGCGCCUUGUAAGGCUCACAAAGGUUACUGACUUUUCGUUUCACGACAUUGCGUUGGUUGACGCCCCGGUUUUCCAUUUGACGUUGGAUACUUGCACCAAUGGCGAGGUGUACAACACAAUCAUCCAUGGCGUGUAUAAGGGUGGAUUGGAUGGGGUUGAUGUUUGGGGUAGCAAUAUUUAUAUACAUGACGUUGAAGUCAGUAACAAGGACGAAUGUAUCACUGUCAAGAACCCAGCAAACAACAUUCUUGUAGAGCAAAUCCAUUGCAACUGGUCUGGGGGGUCGGCUAUGGGAUCGUUGGCAACAGGCAUCGAUAUCCACGACAUUGAGUAUAACUAUAUCUAUACUCACCACGCAAAUCAAAUGUACAUGUUCAAGUCCAACGGUGGAGGCGGCACCGUCAAGAAUGUUAUUCUUAACAAUUUCAUGGGACACAGCAAUGCUUAUACGCUGGAUCUGGAUUCGGCAUGGAGUAGUAUGUCCAAGGCGGACGGAAAUGGUAUUACCUACACCAACAUCACCUUUGACAACUGGAAAGGGACAGCCGCGAAUGGCGUGCAGCGAGGUCCGAUCAAGGUCAACUGCCCCUCGGCCGUUCCGUGCACCAAUAUCGAUAUCAAGAAUUUCAACAUCUGGACCGACUCUGGUAGCUCUGUUCUAUGGGGGUGUCAGAAUGCUUACGGGUCCGGAGGCUGUCUCAAGGCGGGCUCGGGCGGCACAUACACUUCGACAUCUACGGUCAAGUCUGUCGCAAAUUAUCAGUACACUACAAUGUCCAAUGAGCUUCCGUCUGGAUUUCCCGCUGGCAAAGAGAUUCCCAUCCCUUCACUACCUGCUUCCUUCUAUCCUGGCAGGCAACCCAUCUCGGCCAUCUUGGCCAAGCGUGGAGAGGCGACGCCGGCUGCUUUGCACAGGGCCAGGAGGACGGCCAGUUCGAAUCCUUGA